AUGCAUGCCUGGCCCAUAGUUUGCCUUGUUGAUACUCACUCGACUCUUUGUGGUUUAGAAUACUGGAGUGCCGGUGAAUCAUCUGGUCAACCUCGCGGAUCCGCUACUUUCGAUCGCCCAGAACCCACUGCCGUGAUCUCUCCUGUUGUCAACGCGUCUAGCUCAUCUGCCAACCUCACUGUGGCUUUCCCUCGGUCGACCUCUUUCCAUCAAAGAACUCCAUACCAAAGAAAAUCCGGCCACAACAGCAUCGAGACACUGCGAGAAGAGCUUCAGGUCAUCCACAACGGGAUUACCAGGGUCCUUGCUGGCUUGCACCUCUUGAAUCAGAGGCUGUUGACAUAUCCAUUAGGAGUGCAAUACCCUUGGAGAGUACGCACUCCAAUAGAUCCUGGUAUGGAUACAGGACCACCCCAUUCCGCCAUCGAGGGCCCUGGCACCACGGUUUCAGCAGAAAGGCCAGGUUCGCAGGAUUUCAGUGGCUAUGGAUCUCUCAACUCGCAGAAUUUCCCACAGUCCACUCAAUCUACCCAGGGCGGUUACUAUAUAGGCGCGCCUCAUUCGUAUCUCGGUGUUCAAGAGGACUCGGGCGCGAAUCCAUACCGUGGACCUGUUGGACCUGCAAACUUUUCUUAUCCUAAUACAAACGCACAGCUUCCUCCGUUUAAUUCUCAGCCCCCAGCACCUAGCACCACCAAUGCAUUUGUCGGGCCUGGAAGUGGUGAGACUGUGGAAUCUUCACGCCAUGGCGAGGAAUCCGUCAAUUCCAUCAACUAUGACCAGGGUCAAUACGGAAAUUUCGGGAAUCGCUGGCAGGACUACUCCCAAGUCGAGCUUCAGAGACGUUCCAUCGCAGUCAGCCAGACGGUUCCACAGGUGACAGCACCAAGCCCGUUCUAUGUUAACGGAAGGCCACACCAACAGGUGUAUGCACAUCCUGGGCCCGUGUUACAGCACAUUGGGACUCAGGCUCUGACGCAGCCAGCGUAUCAAGUCGUUUCUCAGGCCCAGAUCAACGUUCCCGUCCCAGCGGACACGCAGCAUGUGUCAAAUGUGGGUGUCCCACCGAUCUAUCCACAGACUCUUCCUCGAUCCAACCCCUAUGUGCAAUUCCCGCAAUCAGGUGUUUCGUCUGGAGGCAGUCAACACAGAAGGCACCAACGAACGCAAAGCCACGCAUCCAAUGCUGGGUCUAGCCCGGGUCAGAAUAAUUCUCGGUUUGGUACCCCGAAUAGCCGUCGACGGAAUAGACCUUCAGACGAUGUGGGAUCACACCUUGCACGCCGGCUGUCUUCUUCACAGGUUCCGAGAACGCAAGCGGCAGCAACAGGACGGCCUGAUAUGCCUUCAACUGGUGCAGGAGACUACUAUCUUCCAAUGCUCAAUGCACAGCAGCGCGCUGAAAUUGCUCGAAGACUACAGUUGGGAGAUCUACUGCGGAGCAUGCACUCGGAUGAGGCGCGAGCCCUGCAGAUCUACGAAGAGAGCUUGCUGCAUAGUCGAAGAUACCACCAGGAGUUUGACACCUACGAAGGAUCACCACCGCCCAAGGGACUCGACGAUCAGAAUGACGGACGACCAGAACCCAAGGAGACGGAGGAGAUGACGGUCAAUCUGGAAUGCAAGAUAUGCAUGAGUCAGGUUGUCGACACGGUGAUACUUCCUUGUGGACAUGCGAUUCUGUGCCGAUGGUGUGCGGACCAGCACAUGCCAUCGAGCCGAGUUGAUCGAAGCCGUCCCAAGGGACACGCAACUUGCCCGAUGUGUCGGACACCUGUCAAGCAGAAGUUUCGAAUCUUUCUCUCGUAA